CCGCAUAUUGUUUUAACAGAAUGGGCUAAGAAAUAUGGAACUAUAUUUCAAAUGAAGUUAUUCAAUGAAGAAAUAGUGGUAUUAAAUGACUAUAUGAGCAUAUAUGAAGGUCUAGUCAUGAAUGGGACAGCAUUGAGUGGUCGUCCUCCGAUGUAUAGAACAGCACAAAAUGAACGAAACGAACACUCUAUUGUGUGGCAAACGUAUACAUCGAAAUUAAUAUUUUUACGCAAACACGUUCACCAAUCUUUCAAAAUGUACGGACAAGGAUUAGAACAGUUAGAAUAUAAGUGCAAAUCAGAAAUAAAAGAACUGAUUCAAAGAUUUGAAAGUAAUCUGGGUUCCAAAAUCGAUCCCCAAUAUGCAAUAUAUGAUUCCGUAUGCAAUGUUAUGAUGGAAUUGAUUCUUGGCACAAAGGAAGACAAAGAAGCAAAACUUGAGAGAGUCAAAGAAUUAAACGUAGCUUUCAAUGAAGUAUUUGGUUCUGGUAGUUCGAGAAAAAUUGACUUCAUCCCAUGGUUACGUCGUUUUGGAAGUAGAGAACAGACGAAGUUAAUGGAAGCACUGAAGUUAAGAGAUGACAUUUGGAACAAAGAAAUUAAAAUCUUAUUGAAAUCAAACAAUAACCAGGAAGAAGGUGUAAUACAAUCAUUACUGAAUAAAAGGCAUGAUUCUAAUUGUCAAGAUAUCAAUAUCACAGAAAAUACAGCUAAAGAAGUUUUUACCAAUCUUAUUCUAGCAGGUACAGAUACAACAGCCACGGCACUCACUAGCUUAUUACUAAUAUUCUUGAAUUAUCCAGAAGUUCAAGACAGAAUGUUUCAGGAGAUUUCGUCAGUUAUUGGAACAGAAACAUCACCAAGUUUACACCAUCGUGAAUCUUUAUCGUACUGUGAAGCAGUUUUAUUAGAAUUAUUACGGUAUUUGUCUCAUGUUCCAUUAGCUGUUCCUCAUUAUUCCAUCGAAAAUACCGCAAUUGGUGGUAAAAACAUUCCAGCAGGCCUCACGGUUUACAUAAAUUUAUGGGCAUUGCACCAUGAUGAGAGUAUCUGGAACUCGCCAUGGAUGUUUGAUCCUGAAAGAUUUUUAGACAGUCGUGGACAGAUAAUGGCACCGGGGAGUAUUGUAAGGAGAAGAUUAAUGGUAUUUGGAGCUGGCAGAAGGGUUUGUUUAGGGGAAACUUUAGCAAAGAAUAGACUCUUUUUAUUUGUUACGUCUUUGGUACAAAAAUUAAAAUUUACACAUGACACACGUGAGGAGCUUCCAAAUUGUGAUCCGAGAACAUUUGAUAUGGGAUUAGUUUUACACCCAAAGCCUUUCAAGUUAAUGGUUAGCAGUAGAGAU